AUGGGACAGGUAUUAUUACGACAGAGGAAACCAUCGCCACAAUUAUCAGCAACUCAGAUCAAUAAUUCCAAGAGAACGAAACGGCAGAGACCAUCGAGUUGGUGUAAACUAGUUGCAUCAGCGUUGGUUCCAUGUAUAUUAGGGGUCUUUACAAUAGUUUUUACCUUGCAGCAACAAGAACUAUCGAAACAACAACAAGAGCAAGAACGUUGGCAUCAACUCGAUUCUCAACAACAAACAUCCUUUGAUACGUACAUUAAUGAUGUGUCCAACUAUCUCGCACAAAAAUCGACUNUUCUUGAAAUUGAGCUAUUCUACGUGAGUAAAAAAGAUUCAAAUGACGUGGUCAGUAUCGCUGACUAUUAA